AUUUUCUCAGAAGACAUCAGAGCACACGACCAUCUCUCUGUUGCCUUCAAAGCCUCUUCUUACCAUGGCAAUGACAGCAACAUUGGCUGCUCCAUCAACUGGAUCUGUCCAAAAACACGAUGAUGAGUGGCGUGCGGUUUUGUCUCCUGAACAAUUUAGAGUUCUCAGGGAAAAGGGCACAGAGACCCGAUUCAAAGGAGAGUAUACAAAAUUGUUCGACGAAGGAACUUAUUCGUGUGCUGGUUGUGCAACGCCUCUUUAUAAGUCCACCACCAAGUUUGACUCUGGUUGUGGCUGGCCUGCCUUCUUCGACGCUAUUCCCGGUGCCAUAAAACAAACUCCGGAGCCAGAUGGUAGAAGAAUUGAGAUCACAUGCGCAAAAUGUGAUGGACAUUUGGGUCAUGUUUUCAAAGGAGAAGGUUUCCCCACGGCUACCGAUGAGCGUCACUGCGUCAACAGUGUUUCUCUUAAGUUUUCUUCCGAAAGUUCGUCCUGAUAAAUCGAUAUAUCCAUGUAAUGUCUGGACCAAUUCAUCUACUUCAAGAGAAUUCCAAAAUUGAGUCUUGUUGUUUGAGAUUGUUAUGUUUCCCUACUCAUAUGUGACGCUCCCGUGAUUGUUGUUGCCAUUUGUAUGCUUUUUCCUUUCAUAAUAAUAAUAUAUUUUGUUCCAUGUUAUUUAUGCUAGUCCAAUGUAGUAAAGUUUAGCUUUCUUUAAUCAUAGCCGUAUUAUAUAUAGUAGGUACAUGUGUUAGUGUGUCU